CCGUUAAACUAUUUUUUAUGUGCCAUUAAGCCUUGAAUUUUAUCUCAUUAUAAUAGGAUAUCAUUACAUUAUGCUGAAUUUUUGGAUGUAAUUAUUCAACAUUACUGCAAAAAUCAUGAUCUGAUACCCAAUGCAAAGCAACAACAUUCAACGUUUUUUAAUGCAGACUUCAGAAGGUUGGGAAGUUGUGGGCGAAUUUGCUUUAAAAUGGACACAAGAGGUCGGUGUUGACCGUGACACUGAUAGUGAGCAUGUUCCCAUGAAGACUCCACCUUUAUUUACAUGCACAGAAAGGGGGAAGGCCAGGCAGACACCCUUCUGCAACCGAGCACAAGAAGACGUUUUUACUGUCCUGAUUCCGAGCUUAACUGCAUUGCAGCCACGCACAGGAUUUGAGUUUUAUAUUCUAUAGGCAUACACAUCAUAUUCAUUGAACGAUGGAUGUCUUCUCUUACAAAUCGCAUAUGUUGUUUCGGAUCGUGCUGCCUCUUUGUUUGUGGGAUUUGUCCUCCGCUCAGAUUGUCUAUUCCGUGACAGAGGAAGUAAAUAAGGGCACCGUUGUUGGAAAUAUGGCGAAAGAUCUUAACCUGAAUGUCCAGGAACUGGAAUCGCGCAUGUUUCAGAUUGUUUCUGGAUCCAACAAGAAGUAUUUUGAUGUCAAUUCAAAGACUGGUGAGUUGUACGUAGACGAGAGAAUCAAUCGAGAGGAUCUUUGUCCUGCGAGUCAAACGUGUUCUUUACAUCUUGAAGCAAUUGCGCAAAAUCCUUUAAGGCUGUUCAGUGUCAGUGUUAAUAUAUUGGAUGUAAACGAUAACUCUCCAUCAUUUCCUUAUAAAAUAUACGAGUUAAAUAUCGCAGAACAUGCAUUUCCUGGUGAGAGAUACCCUUUGCCGAGGGCCAGCGAUGCAGAUGUCGGCGUUAACUCGAUUAAAACCUACAAGCUGAGCUCGAAUGAAUAUUUCUCACUAAACAUUCAGAGUGGAGCAGAACAGAAUAUGUCCCCACAGUUAAUCUUACAGAAAGCCUUAGACAGAGAGAAGCAGGCGAUGGUUAAACUCGUGCUCACUGCUCUGGAUGGAGGAAGACCUGCUAGGUCUGGCACUCUUGAUGUAACUGUUAAUGUAAUCGAUGUAAAUGACAACACUCCAACAUUCGGCAAGGAGCUGUAUAAAGUCAGUGUCCUUGAAAACACAAUGUUGGAAAGCCAGAUUAUUCAACUAAACGCUAGUGAUACAGACGCGGGAAUGAAUGGAGAAAUCAUUUAUUCACUGAUAAGCCACGGAAAAGAAAAGUCGAGCGACAUUUUUCAAAUCAACCCAGUCACGGGUGAAAUCUCACUGAAAGGACAUUUGGACAGAGAGGACACUGCUGCGUUUGAGCUUCACGCACAGGCUCAGGACAAGGGCUCUUCACCUCGGGCUUCUCACUGCAAAGUUUUAGUCGAAGUGCUCGACGUGAACGACAACGCGCCUGUCAUUUCCCUCACAUCUCUCUCCAGCACUGUAAGAGAAGACGCGACUUCUGGCACCGUGGUUGGAUUGAUAACAAUUGCUGAUAACGAUGUAGGCCAGAACGGAGAGAUCAGUGCUGGGAUUAAAGGAUCCAGUCCAUUUAUUCUUCAACCAUCUUACAAAAACUAUUACUCUUUAGUAGUGGAUGGACCUCUGGACAGAGAAAAGACGUCUGAAUAUAACAUCACUGUUACGGCUACUGAUAAAGGCGCCCCGUCGCUUGUCAGCAAUAUACUUCUUACUAUUCACAUUUCUGAUGUAAACGACAACGCACCUCGUUUUCCAGACAAAGUCAUGGACUUCUAUGUGAAGGAAAACAGUCCUGCUGGAGCCAUCAUAGCAACAGUGACAGCGAAGGACGCCGAUAUCAACGAAAACGCUGAGCUUGUAUACUCUUUAAUUUCCGGGAACUAUUUAACUUCCAUGGUAGACGUUAAUUCUGCAAAUGGUGACGUAUACAGUAAACAGUCAUUUGACUAUGAGACGAUUAAAUCAUUUCAGUUUCAGGUUCAGGCCACUGACUCUGGUGUUCCACCUCUCAGCAGCAACGCAACUGUGAACGUUUUCAUCCUGGAUGAGAAUGACAACAGUCCAGUUUUUCUCCCUCCUUAUUCUGAACCUGGAUCAGUGAACACUGAGAACAUUCCCUACUCUGCUGAAGCGGGCUAUUUUGUGGCUAAAGUCAGAGCUGUAGACGCUGAUUCAGGUUAUAAUGCACUAUUAUCUUAUCACAUAAGUGAAGCAAAGGGAACGAAUCUCUUCCGAAUCGGAACCAGCACAGGAGAAAUAAGGACUAAAAGACGAAUGAGUGACAAUGACUUAAAAACUCACCCGCUUAUCAUUAGUGUCUCGGAUAAUGGAGAACCUUCACUGUCCACAACUAUGAGUAUUGAAGUUGUGGUUGUGGAAAAUAUGGACAGGCUGCAGCCUUCACUAAGACAAGUGCCAGUUAAGGAGGAGAAUUUCUCUAAUCUGAAUCUCUAUCUGCUGAUCGCUAUUGUCUCAGUGUCAGUGAUAUUUUUACUGAGCCUCAUCGCUUUAAUAGCAGCUAAAUGCUACGGGACAGACGGAGGUUUCAGCAGGUCCAGCGCUCCAGUGGUCACUACACACCCUGACGGGAGCUGGUCUUACUCUAAAUCCACUCAGCAGUAUGAUGUGUGUUUUAGCUCAGACACACUGAAGAGUGACGUAGUGGUUUUCCCCUCGCCGUUUCCGCCUGCAGACGCAGAGCUGAUCAGCAUUAAUGGAGGAGACACUUUUAACAGAACACAAACUCUUCCAAGUACUGGGAAGGUAAGAGAGUUUGUAGUACUUAAUUUUAUAUGA